AUGGCUAAUCCUGAUGUAGCUCAAGUUAGUUCACUGCCUUUACCUCCGAUGCAGUACAUUAAUUUGUUUACCGAUGAAAACAUUAAAAUGAAAAGAGUACCUAGACCACCACCUCCUAUUCACGAUUCCUAUAAUAUGUUUGGUCAUACUUUUAAUGCCGAUGAUACAAUUAUUAGGUCUCUGGAAAGUCAGGGUAUAAAACGAUUGUAUCCACAACAUUUUGACAGAAGAAAAGAACUGAGAAAAUUAAAUCAUUCUCUGCUAGUAAACUUUUUAGAUUUAUUAGACACAUUAGUUUUAUGUCCUGAUUCACCUAAAAGAACUGAAAAAGUUGAUGAUCUCAGCCUAUUAUUUUUUCACAUACAUCAUUUAUUAAAUGAAUUUAGACCACAUCAAGCUAGGGAAACUUUACGAGUAAUGAUGGAACUUCAAAAACAGCAAAGAAAUGAGACUGCAAUUAGAUUUCAGAAGCACUUGGAUAAAGUUUUGGAAAUAAUCAAUACUGCUCUACACAAUCUACCGGAUUCCUCUGAUGGUGAAAACAGUAUGUCAGUAAACACAGAAUUAUUCGACAAUAUCGAUUCUUUAUCUAAUGAUUCUGCUGAUAGAGACAUUUAUACAGAAUUAGAUAAACAAAUGUGUGAAAUUGUCGAUGCUUUAUAA